AUGAAUGAUGACGCAGAAUCUGCGAGCAACUCACCGGCUAAUAUCACUCCAAAUAUUAGCAACCCUGGCACCCCCCGCUCAGAUGCUGGAUUGGAAAUGAGGGGAACCCCGCCGCCUGCACCUGUUCAGAUUCAACGUCCGGUAGCAUCAGUGAACCAGCAACAACAACAACAGCAACUGCUCCUUCAGCACCAACAGCAGUUACAACAAAUGCAGAGUCAGAGCAAAUAUACUCAGCUAUUGGCUGUGAUUGAAGAUUUGGGACGUGAUAUAAGGCCAACCUAUGCAGGGAGUCGAACGUCAGCAGAAAGACUAAAGAGGGGCAUUGUGCAUGCUAGAAUACUUGUACGCGAGUGCCUGACUGAAUGUGAAAGAAGUGCAAGAAGUUAA